AAAAAGAUCGAAGCAAUUUCAGAGCUUUUGGCUCUUCCUUAUUGUUGAAAUAUUCUUAGGCUUUAAUGUAUUUCUGUCAAAUUGUUAAUCUCUGGUGAUAGUAUACCUAUGCAGUUCUAUACUUUGAAAUGCAAAUAGACUGCAGUCUAUCAAACGCAACUUCCUUUUUUUGUUGUCAAGGGGAAACUGCUUGAAAGAAACGUCUAGCUUUUCACACAGUUUCAAGAAGGAGACAGUAAAAGUGGACUCUUAACUUACAGGUGAAAAACAUCUGUAUGCUUGGUGGCUGUCAAUCAAUUUAAAAAACUGCAUUUGUCAGAGUUCCUCUCAUUUUAAGUGAGAAUGAUGUCCAACCAUUCAUAUGGACCACACCUCUGUAAGACCAACAUGUCGGAGGAGGUGAGGCUGUUCCAGAGGGUUGUGUACAGCCCCGUGUUUUUGCUGGGUCUGGCCCUGAACCUCUCUGCCCUGAGGGUGUUCUACCGUAAGAGAGCCAGCUUUACAGACACACACAUCUACAUGCUCAACCUGGCUGUGGCCGACUGUGCCCUCAUCACCUUCCUGCCCUUCAGGAUCUACCACACCUUCUUCAGCAUUACCUCUCCUGGCCUCUGUGCUGUUCUGGUUCUCAUUAAUUUCACCAACAUGUACGCUAGUAUUUUCACUGUUACUGCUAUCAGUGUUCAGAGAUUCAUCGCCAUUCAGUUUCCCUUCCACUCCAGGAGAAUGGGCUCCAAGAAGCAAGUGGCUGUUGUGGUGUGUGUGAUGAUAUGGGUGACUAUUGUGGUCCUAUGUGUGAUAUUCAGGGAGCACAAUAGACCUGAGCACAAUCUGGCCUGCUUUGAGAGGGAAUUCCAUUUGUUUCCACUGGGCUACAUUCUGUCUCUGGAGAUACUGGGAUAUGUGGUUCCUCUUCUCACAAUGCUGCUUUGUUCAUGUCAGACGAUCUGCACUCUGCUGGCCUACAAGGACAUGCACUCAUAUAAGGACAACAGAAAAAGUAUAAGAAUAAUAUCAGCCAAUUUGGUAGUCUUUUUCAUCUGUUACACUCCUAUCCAUAUGGCAUUUUUCAUGAAACUCUAUGUUGCCUACAAAGUCCCCACUGACUGCCAACAGUAUAAUUUGAUGCAUAACUUUUAUCAUGUCUCAGAAUGGAUUGCCACAACAAACUGCUGUUUAGAUGCUAUUGGAUAUUUCUUCUUGGUAAAGGAGUUCCGCAAGGAACUGAUCCCAGGGAAGACAGUGCAAAGAGAGAAUCAAGACUCUCCAGAGAGAAUUGCUCUCUCUAGAACCGAAUAGGAAUUGAGAGGAAUUAUCAGCUACUGUAUAUUCUGUUUUGGCCUAGUGAAUGCUGUCACUUGAAAAAUCAUUCAAAAUCUGAUGGUUAUACAGAUAUAUGAAUUAUAUACAUAUUUUCCAGCUAUGUAGGUGUCUGGUGUCGUCUUUUUUGCACAACUGAAGGGUAGUUUAUGUUAAAAACUGUUCUGUUUUACUGGACUUAACUUUUUGCAGGCUAUUGUCUCCCCCCUUGUGUUCAGGCUGGUCAUCACACCCUGCUUUAUGCUGAAAUACAUUCACAUUUAUAUUGAACGAUAGAUAUUUACAUGUUUAGAUUGAAUAAUCAAUAUUGACAUUGUUUAUAUUGGAUAAUGGAUAUUGACAUGGCUUCUAAAAUCAGAAAAAAAUUAUAAAAAUGAUAUACAGUUGAAGUCAGAAGUUUACAUACACUUAGGUUGGAGUCAUUAAAACUUGUUUUUCAACCAAACUAUAGUUCUUGCAAUUCGGUUAGGACAUCUACUUUGUGCAUGGGACAAGUCAUUUUUCCAACAAUUGUUUACAGACAGUUUAUUUCACUUAUAAUUCCCUGUAUCACAAUUCCAGUAGGUCAGAAGUUUACAUACACUAAGUUGACUGUGCCUUUAAACAGCUUGGAGAAUUCCAGAAAAUUAUGUUGUGGCUUUAGAAGCUUCUGAUAGGCUAAUUGACAUAAUUUGAGUCAAUUGGAGGUGUACCUGUGAAUGUAUUUCAAGGCCUACCUUCAAACUCAGUUCCUCUUUGCUUGACAUCAGGAAUGGUCCAAAAUUCACGCAACCUAUUGUGGGAAGCUUGUGGAAGGCGACCUGAAACGUUUGACCCAAGUUAAACCACUUAAAGGCAAUGCUACCAAAUACUGAUUGAGUGUAUGUAAACUUCUGACCCACUGGAAAUGUGAUGAAAGAAAUAAAAGCUGAAAUAAAUCACUCUCAACUAUUAUUCUGACAUUUCACAUUCUUAAAAUGAAGUGGUGAUCCUAACUGACCUAAGACAGGAAUGUCAGGAAUUGUGAAAAACCGAGUUUAAAUGUAUUUGGCUAAGGUGUAUGUAAACUUCCGACUUCAACUACACUCAUCAUUGAAAGAGAGUCAUGUACACUGAGUGAACAAAAUGUUAAUGUCACCUUCCUAAUAUUGAGUUGCACUGCUGAAAGUGCUCCACAGGGAUGCUGGCCCAUGUUAAUUCCAA